GUUAGUUCUACCUUUUUUCGAAAAAAUAUCAGUUCUUGUUUAUUCAACAGUUUAUGAUGACAACAAGAAUGAUUUUCAAAGUUUGUGUACUGCUCUUCGCUGUUACCAAAUGUCUGGCACAAGGUGCCCCAAAUAAUGGUGAAAUUCAAAUUCCAUUGGACAAGCCUUUGUCAAUUCUUCACGGAGAAUAUCAAAUCGAUAAAAAUGACAUGGAUAACUACCGUCCAACUUGGGCAUCUGUAUGGAAAAUUGACGAGCAGAAUGACAUUAACAAUGGAUUUUUUCACAUUUCUUUCUGGCCGCCCAACUAUUGCCACGCGAUCUACGUGUGUCCAGUGAAAAAAGACAAUUACUAUGAUGCACAUAACUUGGCCAUCGCUGAAAGUACUUGUGAAGAACGAUAUGUCAAAUAUUAUCCACAUGCUGAUAAGUUGUUGAUCAAAGAAUCGGGUCAAUCAGAAGUUAAAAAGUAUUGGGCGAGAAAUCGAUUGGAAUUCAUUAUUGAUGAUCAAUUAAUCUCGAAAGUUCACGUGCUUAGUAAAUCCCCAGAAAAUCAUGAUGAAUUUACAAGUGCUGUCGAUAAAGGAGAGACUGUUGCUAUGAAUUUGAAAGACACGGAUCUGCUGAUUCUCACGAACAGCCGAAUGUGCCAAGUCAAUAAGAUCGGUUCAACUUACUAUCCAUUGUUCCGUAAAGCUGUUCAAAAGGAUACGAAGGGUCUUUUUCCAAAAUGGCUGAACGAUCGGAGAACACAAGUUGCCACCGACUACUUGCCUCCAGUCAAAGAGAAAGACGCUAAAAAGUCUAUCGACUUGCUUGCAUAUCUUAAAACGUUAGACAUGAAGAAUGGAGUUUUGGCGAACCGUGAGAAGACAUGUGAAUCCGUUGGAGGAUUGAAAUCCGCUGGCAGAGGAAGAAAGAAAGAUAAUCCCUUGAUACAGAAAGCUUUGUUCAAGAGAGUUUCGGUCAACACGUAUCCUGUUCAUAUUCCAAACGAUCAGCACGUUUCCAAUGCUUACAAAAUGUUCACUCUAUCGACGAAUAAGUGCCACUGGUUCAGACUUUGGAUCACCCAGUUACCAAUUGACCAAUACAAAACAGGAAUGAAACUUUCCGAGACUGUCGAUUUCUUUCUCAACGAAGGAUUUUACGUCUCUCCUCAGUCUGAUGUUGCUUAUCCAUUGCCGGGUGUGAGUGAGCUCACAAAGUUCAAAUUCACUGUCUCACGAGAACCAAGUAACGAAAACUACGUUGACAUGGUGUUCGGAGAAAUGCAAGGAAAUCCAAUCUAUCAGGAUCAAUUCAAGCUUCCAGUUACAGAGAGCACAUCAUUCAAUAUUCAUGUUAUCAAGGCACCUGGUUGUGAUAUUGAAAUGGAUACGCGUACUUUGUUGUGGAAUGACUACAAUGCUGCAGUUCCAACUAAUAUGUGGGAAAUCGGAAAAUGUACAUUCAACUUCUUCGAUGAAUAAGUGUCCUAUUGUAUUAUGAUUUGGAAUAAAAUAAUUUAACAACCAUU